GAGGGGUAAAUGGCGAGCGAGAAGCCCGGGCCGGGGCCCGGGCCGGGGCCGGAGCCUCAACCUGCGGGGCUCAUCGCCGUCGGGGCCGGAGCCGGAGGUGGCCCUGGAGGCGGCAGCUGCGGUGGCGGUAGCGGCGGCGGCGGCGGCGGCGGCGCGGUUAGUGGUUUGGGGGAGCUGAGAGGGGCGUCCGGCUCCGGCUCCAUGGUGCUCCCAACGGGGAUGAUUAACCCAUCGGUUCCGAUCCGCAACAUCCGGAUGAAAUUUGCUGUGUUGAUUGGACUCAUACAAGUCGGGGAGGUCAGCAACCGGGACAUCGUGGAGACGGUGCUCAAUCUGCUUGUUGGUGGGGAAUUCGAUUUGGAGAUGAACUUUAUAAUCCAGGAUGCUGAGAGUAUAACAUGCAUGUCAGAGCUUUUGGAGCAUUGUGAUGUAACAUGCCAAGCAGAAAUUUGGAGUAUGUUUACUGCCAUUCUACGAAAAAGUGUCCGUAAUUUGCAGACCAGCACGGAAGUUGGCUUAAUUGAGCAAGUAUUGCUGAAAAUGAGUACUGUAGAUGACAUGAUUGCAGAUCUCCUAGUUGAUAUGUUGGGGGUUCUUGCAAGCUACAGCAUCACUGUCAAGGAGUUGAAGCUUUUGUUCAGCAUGCUUCGAGGAGAAAGUGGAAUCUGGCCAAGACAUGCGGUUAAAUUGCUGUCAGUCCUUAAUCAGAUGCCACAGAGACAUGGGCCUGAUACUUUUUUCAAUUUCCCGGGCUGUAGUGCUGCAGCAAUUGCAUUGCCUCCCAUAGCAAAGUGGCCUUACCAAAAUGGGUUUACACUCAAUACUUGGUUUCGUAUGGAUCCAUUAAAUAACAUCAAUGUUGAUAAGGAUAAACCUUAUCUCUAUUGUUUUCGUACUAGCAAAGGUGUUGGUUAUUCAGCUCAUUUUGUUGGCAACUGUUUAAUAGUUACUUCACUGAAGUCAAAGGGCAAAGGUUUUCAGCACUGUGUGAAAUAUGAUUUUCAACCACGAAAAUGGUACAUGAUCAGCAUUGUUCACAUCUACAACCGCUGGAGAAAUAGUGAAAUACGAUGUUAUGUUAAUGGUCAGCUGGUUUCAUAUGGUGAUAUGGCCUGGCAUGUUAACACAAAUGAUAGCUAUGAUAAGUGCUUUCUUGGAUCUUCAGAAACUGCUGAUGCAAAUAGAGUGUUCUGUGGUCAACUUGGUGCAGUUUAUGUGUUCAGUGAAGCACUCAACCCAGCACAGAUAUUUGCAAUACAUCAAUUAGGACCUGGAUAUAAGAGCACUUUCAAAUUUAAAUCUGAGAGUGAUAUUCACCUUGCUGAACAUCAUAAACAGGUUCUGUAUGAUGGGAAACUUGCAAGUAGUAUUGCUUUUACAUAUAAUGCUAAGGCUACUGAUGCUCAGCUAUGUCUAGAAUCAUCACCCAAAGAAAAUGCAUCUAUUUUUGUACAUUCUCCUCAUGCUCUCAUGCUCCAGGAUGUGAAAGCUAUAGUAACACACUCAAUUCACAGUGCAAUUCAUUCAAUUGGAGGUAUUCAAGUACUUUUUCCUCUUUUUGCACAACUGGACAACCGUCAGCUCAAUGAUAGUCAAAUGGAAACAACAGUUUGUGCAACUCUUUUGGCAUUCCUCGUUGAAUUGCUGAAGAGUUCAGUGGCCAUGCAAGAACAGAUGCUGGGUGGAAAAGGCUUUCUAGUCAUUGGUUACCUCCUUGAGAAGUCAUCCAGGGUUCAUAUAACCAGAGCAGUUCUGGAACAGUUUUUAUCUUUUGCAAAGUAUCUCGAUGGUUUAUCUCAUGGAGCACCAUUACUGAAGCAGCUUUGUGAUCACAUACUUUUCAACCCAGCUAUCUGGAUUCAUACCCCUGCAAAGGUUCAACUUUCUUUGUAUACUUAUUUAUCUGCUGAAUUCAUUGGAACUGCUACCAUCUACACUACCAUACGCAGAGUUGGAACAGUAUUACAACUAAUGCACACAUUGAAAUAUUACUAUUGGGUUAUUAAUCCUGCUGAUAGCAGUGGCAUUACUCCUAAAGGAUUAGAUGGGCCACGACCCUCACAAAAAGAAAUUAUAUCAUUACGAGCAUUUAUGCUGCUUUUUUUGAAACAACUUAUAUUAAAGGAUCGAGGGGUCAAGGAAGAUGAACUUCAGAGUAUAUUAAAUUAUUUAUUAACAAUGCAUGAGGAUGAAAACAUACACGAUGUUUUGCAGUUAUUAGUGGCUUUGAUGUCAGAACAUCCAGCCUCAAUGAUACCCGCCUUUGAUCAAAGAAAUGGGAUACGAGUGAUCUACAAAUUAUUGGCUUCCAAAAGUGAAAGUAUUUGGGUUCAGGCUCUGAAGGUUUUGGGAUACUUUCUCAAGCACUUGGGUCACAAGAGAAAAGUUGAAAUUAUGCACACCCACAGUCUUUUUACUCUUCUUGGAGAGAGGUUGAUGCUGCAUACAAAUACUGUGACUGUUACUACAUACAACACACUUUAUGAGAUUUUGACUGAGCAGGUGUGUACUCAAGUUGUACAUAAGCCACAUCCAGAGCCAGAUUCUACAGUGAAAAUUCAGAAUCCAAUGAUUCUUAAAGUUGUGGCAACCUUAUUAAAAAACUCAACACCAAGUGCAGAACUAAUGGAAGUCCGCCGUUUAUUUUUAUCUGACAUGAUAAAACUUUUCAGCAAUAGCCGUGAAAACAGGAGAUGUUUACUUCAGUGUUCAGUGUGGCAGGACUGGAUGUUUUCUCUUGGCUAUAUUAAUCCCAAAAAUUCUGAAGAACAGAAGAUUACAGAAAUGGUGUACAAUAUUUUUCGGAUUCUUUUGUAUCAUGCAAUAAAAUAUGAAUGGGGCGGCUGGAGAGUAUGGGUGGAUACACUUUCAAUAGCCCAUUCAAAGGUCACCUAUGAAGCUCACAAGGAAUAUUUAGCCAAAAUGUAUGAAGAGUAUCAAAGACAAGAGGAGGAAAACAUUAAAAAGGGAAAGAAAGGGAAUGUGAGCACUAUAUCAGGUCUUUCAUCUCAGGCAACUGGGGCAAAAGGUGGAAUGGAAAUCAGAGAAAUAGAAGAUCUUUCACAAAGUCAAAGCCCAGAAAGUGAAACUGAUUAUCCCGUUAGCACAGAUACCAGGGACUUGCUUAUGGCAACAAAAGUAUCAGAUGAUGUUCUGGGAAAUUCAGAUAGAUCAGGAGGUGGUGUACAUGUGGAGGUACAUGAUCUUUUAGUAGAUAUAAAAGCAGAGAAAGUGGAAGCAACAGAAGUAAAGCUUGAUGAUAUGGAUUUGUCACCUGAGACUUUAGUUACUGGAGAAAAUGGUGCACUUGUCGAAGUUGAAUCUUUGUUGGAUAAUGUAUAUAGUGCUGCUGUUGAGAAACUUCAAAACAAUGUCCAUGGAAGUGUUGGCAUUAUUAAAAAGAAUGAAGAAAAGGAUAAUGGGCCAUUGAUAACAUUGGCUGAUGAGAAAGAUGAACCCACCAGUAAUAGUAACUCAUUUAUUUUUGACAAAAUUCCAAGUCAAGAAGAGAAACUUCUUCCUGAACUCUCUAGUAAUCACAUUAUUCCAAAUGUGCAGGAAACUCAAGUACAUCUUAGUGUUAAUGAUGAUCUUGGACUGCUUGCUCAUAUGACUAAUAGUGUUGACUUAACUUGUACAUCAAGCAUAAUAGAAGAAAAAGAAUUCAAAAUUCAUACAACUUCAGACAGAAUGAGUAGCAUGUCUGAAAGGGAAUUAACUUCAUCCUCUAAAGGUUUAGAAUAUUCUGAGAUGACAGCCACAACACUUGAAACAGAGUCUUCUGGUAGUAAAAUUGUUCCUAAUAUUGAUGGAGGAAGCAUAAUUUCAGAUACUGAAAGAUCUGACGAUGGUAAAGAAGUAGGAAAGGAAAUCAGGAAGAUCCAGACUACUACUACAACUCAAGCAGUUCAAGGACGGUCUAUCACUCAACAAGACAGAGAUCUCAGAGUUGACUUAGGAUUUCGAGGAAUGCCAAUGACUGAGGAACAGCGACGUCAAUUUAGUCCAGGUCCACGCACAACUAUGUUUCGGAUUCCUGAGUUUAAAUGGUCUCCAAUGCACCAGAGGCUUCUCACAGACUUGCUAUUUGCUUUAGAAACAGAUGUACAUGUUUGGAGGAGCCAUUCUACAAAGUCUGUAAUGGAUUUUGUCAAUAGCAACGAAAAUAUUAUUUUUGUACACAACACAAUUCAUCUCAUUUCUCAGAUGGUAGACAACAUCAUUAUUGCUUGUGGAGGGAUUUUACCUUUGCUCUCUGCUGCUACUUCUCCAACUACGGAAUUGGAAAAUAUUGAAGUGACACAAGGCAUGUCAGCUGAGACAGCAGUGACUUUCCUCAGCCGACUGAUGGCUAUGGUUGAUGUUCUGGUGUUUGCCAGCUCUCUAAAUUUUAGUGAGAUUGAAGCUGAAAAGAACAUGUCUUCUGGAGGUUUAAUGCGACAGUGUCUGAGGCUUGUUUGCUGUGUUGCUGUGAGAAACUGCUUAGAAUGUCGACAAAGGCAAAGAGAAAGGGUCAACAAAUCUUCCCUUAUCAGCAGUAAACCUCAAGAAGCUCCCCAAAAUGUGACCAUAGCUGCAACUUCAAAGACUCCACUUGAAAGUGUUCCUGGUAAUCUUUCUCCCAUCAAAGAUCCUGAUAGACUUCUUCAGGAUGUAGAUAUUAAUCGUCUGCGUGCCGUUGUAUUUCGUGAUGUGGAUGAUAGCAAACAGGCUCAAUUUUUAGCUUUGGCUGUUGUUUACUUCAUUUCUGUUCUGAUGGUCUCCAAAUAUCGUGACAUACUAGAACCCCAGCGGGAGACUGCACGAUCUGGAAGCCAGGCAGGUAGAAACAUGAGGCAAGAAAUUAAUUCGCCAACAAGCACAGUUGUGGUCAUACCAUCUAUCCCUCAUCCAAGUUUGAACCAUGGAUUCCUUGCCAAGUUAAUUCCUGAGCAGAGCUUUGCCCACUCAUUUUACAAAGAAACUCCAGCUACAUUUCAGGAUAACAUGAAAGAAAAAGACACACCAACCCCUGGUGAAGAGAUUCAGCUGGAAAGUUCAAUUCCUCAUACAGAUUCAGGAAUUGGAGAGGAACAGAUACCUAGCAUCUUGAAUGGAGCAGAACUAGAGCCUAGUGCAGGUCCUGAUGCCAUGAGUGAAUUAUUGUCUACUUUGUCUUCUGAGGUGAAAAAAUCACAAGAAAGCUUAACUGAGAGCCCUAAUGAAAUGCUCAAGCCUGCACCAUCCAUAUCUAGCAUCAGCCAAACCAAAGGCAUUAAUGUCAAGGAAAUACUAAAAAGCCUUGUAGCUGCCCCUGUCGAAAUUCCAGAAUGUGGUCCUGACCCUAUCCCUUACCCAGAUCCUGCAUUGAAGAGGGAAACCCAUGCUAUUCUUCCUAUGCAGUUUCAUUCCUUUGACAGGAGUGUUGUGGUGCCUGUGAAGAAGGCUCCUCCUGGUAGUCUGGCUGUGACCACUGUAGGGGCUGCUACUUCUGGAAGUGGGCUGCCUGCAGGCAGUACACCUAAUAUAUUUGCUGCUACUGGAGCUACACCAAAAAGUAUGAUUAAUACAACAGGUGCAGUGGAUUCAGGGUCAUCUUCAUCCUCCUCCUCCUCAAGUUUUGUGAAUGGUGCUACCAGUAAAAACCUUCCAGCUGUACAAACUGUAGCUCCAAUGCCUGAGGAUUCAGCUGAAAAUAUGAGCAUAACUGCAAAACUUGAAAGAGCUUUAGAAAAAGUUGCCCCGCUUCUUCGUGAAAUAUUUGUAGAUUUUGCUCCAUUCCUCUCUCGUACGCUACUUGGUAGUCAUGGACAAGAACUGUUGAUUGAAGGCCUUGUUUGUAUGAAAUCAAGCACAUCUGUAGUUGAGCUUGUUAUGUUGCUUUGUUCCCAGGAGUGGCAAAAUUCAAUUCAGAAGAAUGCAGGACUUGCAUUUAUUGAACUCAUCAAUGAAGGAAGAUUGUUGUGUCAUGCUAUGAAAGAUCAUAUAGUGCGUGUUGCCAAUGAAGCAGAGUUUAUUUUGAAUCGACAGAGGGCUGAGGAUGUGCACAAACAUGCAGAAUUUGAGUCACAGUGUGCCCAAUAUGCUGCUGACCGAAGAGAAGAAGAAAAGAUGUGUGACCAUCUUAUCAGUGCUGCUAAGCAUCGGGAUCAUGUCACAGCCAAUCAGCUGAAGCAAAAGAUUCUUAAUAUUCUCACAAACAAACAUGGAGCUUGGGGAGCUGUAUCUCAUAGCCAACUGCAUGAUUUCUGGCGCUUAGAUUAUUGGGAAGAUGAUCUGCGUAGACGGAGAAGAUUUGUUCGCAAUGCUUUUGGUUCCACACAUGCUGAAGCCUUGCUCAAAGCUGCUGCAGAAUAUGGCAGUGAAGAAGAUGUACUCAAGUCAAAGAAAACAUUCAGAAGUCAAGCUGUGGUGAACCAGAAUGCAGAAACAGAGCUCAUGCUAGAAGGAGAUGAUGAUGCAGUCAGUUUACUACAGGAAAAAGAAAUUGACAACCUUGCAGGCCCCGUGGUCCUCAGCACACCAGCUCAGCUCAUAGCCCCUGUGGUAGUGGCCAAGGGGACACUCUCCAUCACUACGACAGAAAUUUACUUUGAGGUAGAGGAAGAUGAUCCUGCCUUCAAGAAGAUCGACCCCAAAGUUCUUGCAUACACAGAGGGACUUCAUGGAAAAUGGAUGUUCAGCGAAAUUCGAGCUGUAUUUUCAAGACGUUAUCUUCUACAGAACACUGCUCUGGAAGUGUUUAUGGCAAACAGAACCUCGGUAAUGUUUAACUUUCCUGAUCAAGCAACAGUAAAAAAAGUUGUUUACAGCUUACCUCGGGUUGGUGUAGGAACUAGUUAUGGUUUGCCACAAGCCAGGAGAAUAUCCUUGGCCACCCCUCGACAGCUUUAUAAAUCUUCCAAUAUGACGCAACGUUGGCAAAGGCGAGAAAUCUCCAACUUUGAAUAUUUAAUGUUCCUCAAUACCAUAGCAGGACGAACAUACAACGAUCUGAACCAAUAUCCAGUAUUUCCAUGGGUAUUAACAAACUAUGAGUCAGAAGAAUUAGACCUGACACUUCCAGGAAACUUCAGAGAUCUUUCAAAGCCAGUUGGUGCUUUGAACCCUAAAAGAGCAGUUUUUUAUGCAGAGCGCUAUGAGACUUGGGAAGAUGAUCAGAGCCCACCCUGCCACUAUAGCACACACUAUUCAACAGCACCAUCUACGUUAUCCUGGCUACUACGAAUUGAACCUUUCACAACAUUCUUUCUUAAUGCAAAUGAUGGGAAAUUUGACCAUCCAGAUCGAACCUUCUCAUCAGUUGCAAGAUCUUGGAGAACAAGCCAAAGAGAUACAUCAGAUGUAAAGGAAUUAAUUCCAGAGUUUUACUACCUACCUGAGAUGUUUGUCAACAGUAAUGGAUAUAAUUUGGGAGUCAGAGAAGAUGAAAUUAUUGUCAAUGAUGUUGACCUUCCCCCAUGGGCAAAGAAACCUGAAGACUUUGUACGAAUCAACAGAAUGGCCCUAGAAAGUGAAUUUGUCUCCUGCCAGCUCCAUCAGUGGAUUGAUCUUAUUUUUGGCUACAAACAACGAGGACCAGAAGCAGUCCGUGCCCUGAAUGUUUUUCACUACCUAACAUAUGAAGGCUCUGUGAACCUGGAUAGUAUCACUGAUCCAGUACUCAGGGAGGCCAUGGAGGCACAGAUACAGAACUUUGGACAGACGCCAUCUCAGUUGCUUAUUGAGCCACAUCCACCUCGGAGCUCUGCCAUGCACCUGUGUUUCCUUCCACAGAGUCCACUCAUGUUUAAAGAUCAGAUGCAACAGGAUGUUAUAAUGGUGCUGAAAUUUCCAUCAAAUUCUCCAGUCACACAUGUGGCAGCCAACACUCUUCCACACCUUACCAUUCCUGCAGUGGUAACUGUGACUUGCAGCAGACUUUUUGCAGUAAAUAGAUGGCACAACACAGUAGGCCUCAGGGGAGCCCCAGGAUAUUCCUUGGAUCAAGCCCAUCAUCUUCCCAUUGAAAUGGAUCCUUUAAUUGCAAAUAAUUCUGGGGUGAAUAAACGACAGAUCACAGACCUUGUGGAUCAGAGUAUACAGAUCAAUGCACAUUGUUUUGUUGUCACAGCAGAUAAUCGCUACAUUCUUAUUUGUGGAUUCUGGGAUAAGAGUUUUAGAGUUUAUUCUACAGAAACAGGAAAAUUAACUCAGAUUGUAUUUGGCCAUUGGGAUGUAGUCACUUGUCUGGCCAGAUCUGAAUCCUACAUAGGAGGAGAUUGCUAUAUUGUGUCUGGAUCUCGAGAUGCUACUCUCCUGCUCUGGUACUGGAGCGGAAGACAUCAUAUCAUAGGAGAUAACCCCAAUAGCAGUGAUUAUCCUGCUCCACGAGCUGUCCUUACAGGGCAUGACCAUGAAGUUGUCUGUGUAUCAGUCUGUGCAGAACUGGGACUAGUUAUCAGUGGUGCUAAAGAAGGCCCUUGCCUUGUCCACACAAUCACAGGAGAUUUGCUGAGAGCACUGGAGGGACCAGAAAACUGCUUAUUUCCUAGAUUGAUUUCUGUGUCCAGUGAAGGCCACUGUAUCAUAUACUAUGAACGAGGACGGUUCAGUAAUUUCAGCAUUAAUGGAAAACUUUUAGCUCAAAUGGAGAUCAAUGAUUCAACCAGGGCCAUCCUCCUGAGCAGUGAUGGACAAAAUCUUGUCACUGGAGGAGACAAUGGAGUUGUAGAAGUAUGGCAGGCUUGUGACUUUAAACAGCUUUAUAUUUAUCCUGGCUGUGAUGCUGGCAUUAGGGCAAUGGAUUUGUCCCAUGAUCAAAGGACACUGAUAACUGGCAUGGCUUCUGGUAGCAUUGUAGCUUUUAAUAUAGAUUUUAAUCGAUGGCAUUAUGAGCAUCAAAACAGAUACUGAAGAUGGAUGGAGAACUGAAAUCUAAUGAAAGUUGAGAGCACAAGUGCUAUAAUGAAGGACGUUUAUCUCUGGUGGAAAAACAUGUCUCCAUUGGCCUCCGUUGUACAUUCCAUUACACCCAGCAAUAGCUGUACAUUGUAGUAAGCAACCAUUUUACUUUGUGUGUUUUUUCACAACCAAACACCAGCUGCUACCAAGCAAGCUUGUAUCAUGUAAAUUAUAUGAAUUAGGAGAUGUUUUGGUAAUUAAUUUCAUAUAUUGUUGUUUAUUGAGAAAAGGUUGUAGGACCGUCACAAGAGACUUUUGAAAAUUCUGAGGAACCUUGUGUCCAGUUGUUACAAUGCUUAUGCUAGGAACCUAAUCUACAUCCCAUUUCCAGCCUUUUUUCAAGCUGAGAAAAAAAAUACGUUUGAUACUUUGUACAUCAGAUGCAUCUUAACUUUAAAGGGAUACUUUUGUAAAAGUAAAACCUUGUAUAAAGAACAAAACGUUUCUUAAUUUUAUUGUGGAGUUACAACUUGCAUGUUCUUUAAACCCAAUGUCUUGAUGGAACAGGUGUGUUCACACAAAUUAAACUGGAGAUUUGUCCGAGGGCACAGCUUGUGUUAAAGGGUUGAAUUUGGACUCAAUCAGUAAUUUUUGACAUUCUCACAAAAACAUGGUUCACACUUUUAAACCUAAAUUCAUCCCUUCUAAGUGAAGUUUUCAUAAAGCAUUUGGAUAUCGAUUCAUUAUUUGCCAUCUUAUACAAUGAAAAUUAAAUCCUUUCCUUCUUAAUUUGAAGACCAAGCAAAACGGGGGCUUAAGGAUACGGUUCUGGUUUUCAUUGUAUAAGCAGGAGUCAGCUUUUUCAGUUCCCUAGUACUUAAAUGACUCCCCGUCAUAUUGUGUCGAGUGCUAUACUUCUGGAGUCAACCCAAUGGCUUAGUUUGGUGAUCAGAUAUUCACAUUUUUCUCUUUAUUUCUUCAAAUAGCUUGAUUUCUUUAAAAAUAAGUCAAAUUUCAUUGUAAUGAUUGAAAUUUUUUUUAAGUUUUUGAGAAAUCUUCAUCUAAAUCCACAUUCUUAGCCCAAGGCAUUUCAUCUUUUAUGAUAUUAAACAAUGGCUAUCAAAUUAUUUUCCAUAAAUUAUACUGAUCAAGUUAUACAUCCAGGGGAACAUACACCUUACUUCAUGUUUCUUCUUUGUAUAUUUGGUGACUAUUGUCAUAGAUGUACAUAUUGUGUCAGUAGGGCUAUGAGGCAUGUAACAGGAAUGUAAUUUUCUCAGAAUUUACACUCACUUGCAGUCAUUUAUUUAAAAGAUAAAACAAGAUAAUGGAUUCUUUGUAUUGGCACUUUGCACCAGAAACAUAUCAUUAUUUAUUGCUGUGAUUACUUAUUUGUUCCCCACCUGUAUUAGUAAGUUUUAGCACUGAUUCCUUCUUCACUGUUGUUUGUAUUUAUAAGAUUCUGAAAUCAUGAGGAAUCAAAGUAAUGAUUAAGUUAUUCAUCACCAGUCUGUAAGCAAUAUUUGAGUUUUGUAGCUUAGAAUUGGGAGAAUACUGAACAUCUGGAAGAUAAGUCCAUUUCAUCUUGAGACCAUGGUGAAAUAUUUUGGAUAUAUAAAUUCCUUAAGCUAUUGUAACCAUGUUUUAUUGCAAAGAUGUAAAAUAUGCCAGAUGUGUGUGAGUUGGAAAUCAAAAAAAAAAAGAAAAAUAAAAUAUGCAAAGAAUUCA